UGUUGGGGUCUGGGUGAGUGAGUCCCCAAUCCCCUUUCCCCCGCCCCGCGCCGAGCUGGGACUCCAGAGCCGGGAGGAUCCCAGCCGAGCAGCCUCUGUCUGCAGGGACAGCACCUGGGGCCAGUGACCUUCGAGGAGGUGGCUGUGUAUUUCACCCAGGGGCAGGGGGCUCUGCUGGACCCCGCUCAGAGAGCCCUCCACAGGGACGUCAUGCAGGAGAACUAUGAGACGGUGACCUUGCCGGCAGGUGAUGGGAUGGAGAAUGACAAAAAGGAGGAGAAUCUACAGCGGGAAGGUCCUGAGCAAGUGGCAUCUCAGGGGACCUUAUCAGAAAGAUCCAAGGGGAAUUUCCCCCAGAGUUGCGAGCAGGGGAAAAACUGGGGGAAACAGCACAAGUCAAAGAAGCGUCUGGGCAACCAACCGAGGAAAAGAGUGGGUAAGACCCUUAAUUGUGAGGAAGGAUAUAAAAGCCUCAAGGAAACCUCAGCCCAGAAGAGAAUCCAUGCGGAAGAGAGAAAAAACACAUGCACUGAGUGUGGGAAAACCUUCAAUCGGAGCUCAAAUCUGAUUUCUCAUCGAAGAACCCACACCGGAGAGAAACCCUAUAAAUGCACGGAGUGUGGGAAGAGCUUCAGUCAAACCUCCAAUCUGAUUUCUCAUCGUAGAAUCCACACAGGAGAGAGACCCUAUAAGUGUAUUGAGUGCGGGAAAAGCUUCAAUCAGAGCUCCAACCUUAUUACGCAUCAAAGACUCCACACGGGAGACCGGCCCUACAAGUGCCCCGACUGUGGGGAAAACUUCAAUCAGAGCUCAGAUCUUAUUACGCACCAGAGACUGCACACGGGAGAGAGGCCCUACACGUGCACGGACUGUGGGAAAAGUUUCAUUUGCCGCUCAAACCUCAUUUCGCAUCAGAGAAUCCACACGAGAGAGAGACCCUAUAAAUGCUUAGACUGCGGGGAAAGUUUUGACUGGAGCUCACAGCUUAUUAAACAUCAGAUCUUCCAUACAGGAGAGAAACCGUAUAAAUGCUUGGACUGUGGGAAAAGUUUCAGCGACAGCUCCACCCUUAUUUCACACCGGAGAAUCCACACAGGGGAGAGACCCUAUAAAUGCCUUGACUGUGGGAAAAGCUUCCAUCAGAACUCAACCCUUAUUAGGCACAGGAGAACCCACACCGGAGAGAAACCCUAUAAAUGCCUCGACUGUGGGAAACGUUUCAAUCAGAGCUCAAACCUUACUACGCAUCAGAGACUUCACAUGGCCCAGAAACCUUGCCAGGCGAGGGGAAUAUCCAGGAGUAGCAUCCCUUCCCCCCCCCCGCUCCCCCAGUUUGCAAACCCCAACCUGCCCGGGACACCCCCGCUUAGGGAAGCAGAACUUCCACCAAAGGAGGGGGGACCCCGGACGAUCCCCGCUGAGCAGCCCCCAGUGAGGACACCCCUGGGAGCGAAGGGGUCGGUGACCUUCGAGGAGGUGGCUGUGUAUUUUACCGAGAGGCAGGGGGCUCUGCUGGACCCCACUCAGAGAGCCCUCUACAGGGACGUCAUGCAGGAGAACUACGAGACGGUGACCUCGCUGGGAUACCCCGUUCCCAAACCUGAGCUGAUCACCCAGCUGGAACGAGGGGAAGAGCUGUGGGUCCCGGAUCUCCAGGCCUCCGAGGAAGGGGAGAUCCCGAGAGGCGCCCGCACAGCAGGUGAAAGUACAGUGCGUGAGAUCAAGGAAGAGAAUCCACAGCAAGAAAGUCCUGAGCAACAGGAACCGAAUAGGAUGUUAUCAGGAAGAUCCAAAGAGAAUUUUUCCCUGAGCGCUGAACAGGGAAAAGUCUGGGGCAAUCAGCACAAGUCAGAGAGGCACAAAGGGAAAGAACUGGGUAAAGCCAUUAAUUGUAGGAGAGGAUGCAGUAAUCCCAAGGAAACCACAGCCCAGCAGAAAAUCCAGACAGAAGAGAGAAAGUACACGUGCACUGAAUGUUGGAAAAGCUUCAGUCGUAGUUCAAACCUUAUUGCCCAUCAGAGAAUCCACACAGGAGAGAGACCCUUUAAAUGUACUGAGUGUGGGAAAAGCUUCAUUCAGAGAGUAAACCUCAUUUCUCAUCAGAGAAUCCACACGGGAGAGAGACCCUAUAAAUGUACCGAGUGUGGGAAAAGCUUCAGUAAGAGAUCGCACCUGAAUACACACACAAUAAUCCACACGGGAGAGAGACCCUAUAAAUGUACUGAGUGUGGGAAAAGUUUCGGUCAGAGAUCACAGCUUAAUACGCACAAAAUAAUCCAUGCAGGAGACACAUCCAUGAUAACCCACGCCAGAGAAAAACAUUAUACGUGCUUGGACUGUGGGGAAAACUUAAAGUGGAGCUCAGAACUUGUUACACAUCAGAGACUGCACACAGGAGAGAUCCCUUAUAAAUGCUUCGACUGUGGGAAAUGUUUCAUGCGGAGUUCAACCCUUAUCUUACACCAGAGAAUCCACACGAGAGAGACGCCCUAUCAGUGCCCCAACUGUGGGGAAAGAUUCAGAUGGAGUACGCAGCUUGUGAAACAUCAGAUGCUCCACACGGGAGAAAGACCCUAUAAAUGCCCCGACUGUGGGAAAAGCUAUAGUGACAGCUCAUCCCUUAUUUCACAUCAGCGAACCCACACAGGAGAGAAGCCCUAUACCUGUGUGGACUGUGGGAAAAGUUUCAAUCAAAACUCAACCCUGAACAGACACAAGCGGCUCCACACAGGAGAAAAACCCUAUAAAUGCACUGAGUGUGGGAAAAGUUUCAGUCAGCGCUCAAACCUCAGUGUGCAUCAGCGACUCCACACGGGAGAGAAACCCUAUAAAUGCCCCGACUGCGGGAAAAGCUUCAAUCGGAGAUCAAACCUUAGCGUGCACAAGAAACUCCACGCAGGAGAGAAACCUUGAAUGGAGGAGAUGCUACAACUGGGACUCCUAUUUAUAUUAGGCCUCAGUAAAUCCAUACAGGGAAGAUACCUCUUAAACAUCCUGAGCGUGGAAACUACUUCACGCAGAGUUAACGGGCUUGUCUACCCUACAGAGCCUUGGCCGGGAUAGCUUGGCUGGCCGAGUCACCUAGUGGAUAAGCAGCGCAAGCCAACAGAGAUCUUCUGCCAAACUAGUUAAAAAGCCUCCCGGAAGGAGAUUAGCUAAACCCACAGAAGCAGUAGCUGCGUCUGCAUUCAAGAGUUUUGCCAGCAUGACUGGGGGUGUGUGAUUGUUCCCCCCACACUCUUGGCUAUGCUGGGAAAACUUCGUAGCCUAGACAAAGCAGUUAUUGGACAACAGGAGAGAGAUUCUACCAGUGCCCUGACUAGGGCUGGCUACCGUGUAAAAAAAAAUAAAAAAUCUGUUUCCUCGUUCCCACACACAUCAGGGGCAUUUGGCUCCCAAGUGUCCAGCUGCCCAUCGCUGGGGUGAGAAUCCAGCAUCAGCUGGUCCAGUGACCUACAGGCUCUGCCUGGUCUAAGCAAACCCCAGGCAGAGGAGGGGAAGCCCCGAUCAGCCCCUCCUCCCUGCUGCAGCCCUGGCUGCUGAGCUGAUGAGCCACAGGUGGGGGAAGGGAGAGAGAGAAACUCCUCCAGAUGCUCCCUCUGCCUGGCUGAAGCUCCCCCCUCUCCCUUACCCUCCCAGCUGGGAUCCUCCUGCAUGGAGAUGAGGAGAAGGACACUUAGGCCAGGCCCCACCUUCACUCUAGACCCCUGUCCCCAUCCCCCACCCUCCACCAGUCCCUGGGCUGGGCUCUCCCACUUACCUGGAGCUGUUCCCUACAGGGGGAGUGUCCCUGGGGGGCUGGUAACUCCUCCCCUCCCUGAAUCCCCCAGGGUGCUGGGCUCUGGGGGAUCAAAGGUUAAGAGACCAAGGGGGACAGGUUUUGGGAAUAGCGCUGGAGUAUUAAAUAUUGGAGCUGAGUGCUGGGGCUAUCAGGCAUUUGGAGAUCAUGGGAUAAGAGGAGGUGGAAGAGAUGGGGUUAGGGAGAUGAUUUCCCCUAGUGUUCACGGCCCUGCUCCUUCUGCAAUGAAAAAUCGACAGGGCCUGCUUUCCCUAGUACCCUUUGUAGGAUCCCUAGAAAAGCCUAGAGGCCUAGGAAUCCCCUCUCAGCUUCACCACCCUCGGCCUCUGAGUGUUCUCUUAGAUUAGGAAGCGUGGACGGGGAUAGCUAGCGCAUUUCCUUCUGACCCUGGCCAAACUUUCACCCCGUUUUCUAAUCCAGACCCAACCCACACCGAGCUUCUCGUUUAGCCUGGUGAUUGUUAGUUACCGAGUUCCCGCUUCGGGGACACAGUGCCUCAUCCCCAGUUCUUCUUACCUUGCUUCGGGUCGUCCUAAAGGCUUCUUUGUUUUUUAAUAAAACAGAACGACAUAACUGAAUAGAUUAUAAAUGGAUUCGGGCAGGGAUAGAAAAAUGGUUUGUGUUACUUGAGGGCAACCUGGUGAGACAGAGGGAUUCUCACCUUUCCCCAUGACCACGUCAUUCCCCUCGUCCCAGUUUUACCUUAAGAAUGGCCACGCUGGGUCAGACCGAUGGACCAGCUAGCCCAGUAUCCUGUCUUCCGACAAUGGCUGACGCCAGAUGCUUCAGAGGGAAUGAACAGAACGGGGAAAUUAUGGAGUGAUCCAUCCCCAGUCAUCCAGUCCCAGCUCCUGGCCGUCAGAGGCUUAGGGACACCUAGAACGUGCAGUUGCAUCCCUGACCAUCUUGGCUAAUAGCCAUUGAUGGACCUAUCCUUUUUAUCUAAUUCUUUUUUGAACCCAGUUAUAGUUUUGGCCUUCACAACAUCACUUGGCAAUGAGUUCCACAGGUUAACUGUGCGCUGUGUGAAGAAGUACUUCCUUUUGUUUGUUUUAAACCUGAUGCCUAUUAAUUUCAUCAUCUCCCCCCCCCCCUUAAUUUCAUGGACCUUCUGUCCAUGCCAUGGAGAAUUUAUCUUCCCUUUCUCCUACCCCUGUAUUUCCCAAAGUGGCAGACAGCAGUGUUCUCAGGUCUCCGUGCUUAGGAAUUGCGCUUUGAUUACUUUGAUCCUAAAUCAGGAUGGCUGGAGCUGAAAGCGUCACAGACCCGGGUGGGGAAUUGGAAGAAAUCCCAGACGCAGUAUGAUCAUUCUGAACCUAAGUCCCAGUUUCCAUCUGUUGGGUUUGCCAGCCACGCUCCUUUUGUUUGCAGGUGGGAAGGUUUUUUUUGUUGUGGCGGCGGCGGUGGCGUUUCUUUCCUUUCUUUCUUUCUUUCUCCCCUUCGUUACGAUGGUGCUAAAAUUUUGAUACAAAACACGAGGCACAAAGUGAAACAGGCAUAAGGCAGUUUACAGGAGAACUCAGGUAAAGCAGUUCUCCUGCAGUUGAGUCAAAUGCAACAUGUCCUGGAUUUCACUUGGUAGGAACAUGGAAGUGUACCAUAGGGUGGCCUAUUCUCUCUUUCCUGUUGGUCAUUUGGUCACGUGACAGGAUGUAGAGCAGAUUUACUGGGGGCUUCAUGAGGCAACUGACCAGAUGCCAGUAUAGCCCUUUCUUAUUUUAUUUUUUGCCGUUUUCCCAGGGGUGCUGGAACAAUUUUGUACUGAGGGGGUGCUGAGAGCCAUUGAACCAGCUUAUAAACCCUGUAUAUGAUGGAAACCACUUCAAGCCAGCAGCCCAAGUUCCAGCACCUAGGCACUUUCCCCAGCCUUUGCCCUGAGAUGUUAGCGUUGUUUGAACAGUGAUCGCUAUAAACAGUCGUCGGCACAAACGCUGAUGGGCGAAUGUGAGAGUCGCUGUCCGAAAGGCAGAGGCUGAAAUGGGGCAGGAAGUUACGUCUGACCCCUGGCAGAGAUGUAAGAUACAGUCGGAUGGGGCAGGGUGGGAGGGGAGAGAGACGCAGCCAGAAUCCCGCAGGGUUUGCUUUUGAGAGCCAGACAGCUGAGGCGGCAUUCGCUGCAUGGGGGCCAGCGAGACAAGAAGGUGAAUCUAAAACCCUCCAAGGAAAUGAUGGGGGUGUCUCCUGAUCAAGGCCAACUCCAGCGUUUUUGCCGCUCCAAGUGGCGGGGGGAAGAAAAGCGCCGCGAUCGGCGGCAUUUCUGCAGUUGCUCUGCCGCCGCUGCUUCUUUCUUCGGCGGCAGGUCCUUCCCUCCAAGAGGGACUGAGGGACUUGCCGCCGAAGAGCCGGACGUGCCGCCCCUUUCCGUUGGCCGCCCCAAGCACCUGCUGGCUGCGCUGGUGCCUGGAGCCGGCCCUGCUCCUGAUUCCCAGGAGGCUGAGUGGAGCUGAGAAGAGAGGUGGGGAAGUCAGCAGGCCUGUCCUUUCCAAAAUCCAGGGUGAGCCCCAUCACCGAGGCCAGAGGCAACAAAGAGCUGUGACCCAAGUGCCUUAAGUUUGAAAACAGAUGCGGGUAGACCGUUACAAGUUUAUACCCAGGGACUUGCCUCAAUGUGCCCAGACAGGAAUGUUUCUCUGUGAUCGCCAUCUUCGCGAUACUUCACCAAAGGGGGUUGUGUGCGGUUGUCGUGGUUAUUGCUGGAGGUACGUAUGGGAAAUGUUUUAAGGGUAUAGAAUAUUGCUCCUGGAGAUGAAGCUGGUCACCUGGGGCGGGGUGGCUCUCGGAGCCAACUCAGCCUAGAGUGAGAAUAGUUGACAUCUUUCCACCCAACCUAGCCAAGUGUAGACAAGGCGCGGGCGUGGGCCUUUACAAAGCACAAAAGCGUCCAAGAAAAAGACCUUGAACAGUGGACAAACUGGAGUUAACGAAAUGUCCUGGGUCUCAAAAGAGACACCAGGUCUGGCACCGUGUGAAAGGGAAAGAAGGCCCAAGACGGUGUCCAUUCUGGAGGCGAGAGUCUGCCAGCAUGAGUGUCUCCAAGUGGAUUCCAGCUCUGGACGAACAUUGUACAGACUGACCGUUGGGUGAGAAGAUGGGAAAGAAACUUGUUAAUAAGCAUAGUCCUGAGAUGGCGUUUUUAUAUAUUCCCUUUAUCGUAACCAUACGUUUCCCAUCCUUAUACUUGCUUCUCUCUGAAUCUUCACUGUAAAGUUCUAGCAAAUAAACUUCUAUUUGGUGACGCUA